UGUAGAUAUCGAGCACUUUAUACGGAUAUGCAGCCGUAUAUACCGCAGUCGGCGGUAUAUAGGUAUAGCUAUACUGCGCAUUAAACGAGUUGCGGCCGCGCGGAAAAGGUCUAGCGAAAUUUGAAACCUUUUGAUAAUUAAGUAGCAGUUUCUUUGUCAGUUAAAUCUUAAAUAAUAGAUUGUCAAUCAUAACAGAAAAAUGUGAUUCGAUGAAAAUCGUUGUUAUAAUAUUUUCAUUAUAUGUGUGUACACAGACGUGUAAACGACUUCCAAUUUUCGCAUGCGCGAUAGAAUCUUCGGUUAUUAUAACAACAAAACUCGAGCUAAAACAGCUGUAAGUACUUUUGAAUGUGCUUGGCGCGUGUUGCGUAGUGUUUACAAAAGUUUGUUUACAUAUGGCGCCGGAGUCGCGAGUUGUUUUUUAGAUAUCUUUAGAGCUCUAUACCUAAUAGUAUUAGCUCACAAAUCGGCGCAGUUUAAAAAAAAAAAAUUGUUAACAAUAAUGGACGCCAAAGACAAAAAAAGCGAACUUCAUAAAACUGCUAAAAAGUUAACAGAAGAUAUUCAGAACAUGGCGAAUUAUAAAAAUUUAUAUAACGAAAUUCAGAGACUUGUUGCAUCUUCAGCUGUGAAAAAAGAAGAUUUCAAAAACACUUUAUUCGAGGCUCUAAAAAAUGAAGGUUUAGAAACAGAGCUCAGAAACACUGUAUUUCAUUGGUCAAGAUCUCAAAGACUAAGUGAAUCCAAAGAAAAUGUUAAUGAAUAUCAAACUGACCUUAGUUAUUUAAAAAAAGCACAAAUUCAAUGGGAACGGAGAAUUCAAAAAUCCCUCAAUUCAAUGUGUAAUGAACUAAAUGUACCAUUAGCUAGAAUCAGACCUAAUGCUGAUAGAGAAGAGUUAUCUGAGAAGUGGAAUGAGCUGAGCACCUGUGAUUUUGAUAUAUCUCAGUAUAGACCAUUGUAUGCUCCAAAAGAUUUUCUAGAAGUUCUUUUCUCUGUCCGAGAUCCAGCAUUUAAAAAGCAGCCAAAUGAACCGAAUUGGGAAUUUAGUCACAUUCAAAUUCGCGUUAAAACUUUAGCUCAGUUGAGAGAAACUUAUAAAGAACUCUCGCAAGGGGUUGCAUUGCUUGGAGUAAAUGGAAACAUUCCAUCAGCUGGAAAUUAUCCAAAUUUGGAAGCUGAAAGAACUCAUUUAGGUGAAAAAGUAUUAAUAUCCAAUCAUGCUCCAAUAGCUCAAGAAUUUUUGAAACGUGGAGCUCCUAGAGCAUUAAGAGGAAAGCUUUGGUCCCUUGUGUUAGGAUCCAUUAUAAGAGAAAGUGAUGUUGAAUAUUACGAAGAGUUGAAAGGGAUGGUUUUACAAUACGACAUAAUGGUAGACAAAUUAAUCAUCAAGGACGUGCAGCUCACAGCAAGUAAUGAUGACCAAUAUUUUGUUUUUGAAGAUGUUUUAUAUAAGACAAUGUUAAGCUUUUCAAGAGAUUCUGAAGUUCUUGCUCCUGUAACAAUGGACAAAAGUGCAGGAGGUCAAGUUAUCCAUGCAGUAUUACAAGGAAAGUCUGCUACAUUAGAAAAUACAUUGGUAUUUCCGCCAAGUGGAGUCAUUCCUUUUCAUGGUUUCACUAUGUAUGCAACACCUUUUUGUUAUUUAUACGAUGAUCCAUGCGCCAUGUACUUCACAUUUCGAGCAUUUUACCUAAGAUAUUGGUUUAGACUUCAUACAGUAUCAAGUCAUGAACAAGGUAUUGUUGCUCUAUGUCUUUUAUUUGAAAGAUUAUUGCAAUGUCACGAGCCACAAUUAUGGGCACAUUUUAGGAACUUACAUAUCCAGCCGAUAAAAAUUGUUUUCAAAUGGCUGAUGCGUGGAUUUAGUGGACAUCUUCCACCAGAACAAUUGUUAUACCUAUGGGACCUAGUCCUUGGCUAUGAUUCUUUAGAAAUUAUACCACUACUUGCAGUUACAAUUCUUAGUUUUAGAAAAGAGAAUCUUAUGCAAGUAAAAACGCUACAUAACGUAGAAGCUGUAUUAGCUGAUUUAUCAUCAUUGAAAGUAAUGCCUCUACUGCAACUAAGCUUAUUGAAAGACUAAAAACCUAUCUGUGAUAAAUUUUGUACCAAAUUGUUAUGUAGAAUAUAUUCUAUUAUUAUAUAGAAUAGUACAAUAAGCAAUCAAAUUCUUGUGUUAGUUAUUUUUAAAAUAAUAAAGAUUAUAAUGGUUUA